CGCUGACCUUUCAAAGAGACGUCGUCUCCAUAGCGACGUACUGUUGGCCUGCUGGCCACGCAGGGCGGGUGCCUGUCCCUAAGUGACGGCAGCCAUGUCCCUGAAGGCUCCCUUGGUGAAGACCAGUCCACGGGCAGAGUCAACGGGACGCCAAUCGGCGAGAGAUCAUGACUGGCAGGACCUUCACGCUGCGGGGGGCCGGGCCGCCGUGAUCAAUCCCAUCAAGUUGAAGGCGAUGGCCAUGAAGUUGCGACAUCGACUGCAUCAUUUGGAGUUCAAACGGCCCACCUCAAAAUCUGAGCUAUUGCCGGAGGAGGGUCCUGAGGACGAAGCGCAACCACGGCUACCGGCGAAGCAUAGAACCUAUUCCGUGCUGUACAUCGUAGGACCUGACAAUGUGGCCGGAGUGAAGACCAUCUUCUACCAUCCCUUCAGUUUUCUGCUGUUGGCAUGUCCCGCUGGGAUCCUGGCCCACAUUUUGGACUGGGGCGUUGGAGCGGUGUUUUGGCUCAACUUCUUAGCGUUGGUGCCCCUGGCCAAAAUCCUGGGGGAUUCGACGGAGGAACUUGCAGGGAGCAUCCACAACGACACGGUGACGGGUCUGCUGAAUGCGACCUUUGGCAAUGCGGUGGAAAUGAUUGUAGCCAUUCAGUCCAUUCGGUCAAAUCUGCUGCAGAUUGUCAAGGCGAGUUUGUUGGGCUCUGUGCUCUCCAACACUCUGCUGGUGCUGGGCACUGCCUUCCUACUAGGUGGCUUAACACGGAGCCGGAAGAGGAGAGGCAGAUAUCACUCCUUUCACAUCAUCAGUGAGGAGUUCGAGAAAAAUGGGCCCACGAGAUUAGAGAAGGAACAGAAGUUUGCGGUGAAAUCCGCAUUGAUCAGCAUGGCCAUGCUGAUGUUUAGCUGCAUGUCCUUUGCUUUGCCGACGAUUUUCAAUUCCUACCCUUCAGAUGACAGCAAAUCGGUACUGAAGGUUUCACGGAUCGGUGCCGUGAUCGUGCUGUCCUCCUAUGUGGCGUAUCUCAUCUUCCAGCUGUUGACACACGAGCGAACUCUGGGCGAUGAGGAAGAUGCCUUGAGCCCCGGUCUGGAAGAUGAACCGGAAGAUCCGGAGGAGGAUGAGGACGACGCUGGGCCAGGGCUUACGGCUGGUUGUGCGACCCUACUUAUGGCUCUUUGUACCUUAUUUGUGGCGAUCAACUCGGAAUACUUAGUCGAUACCAUUGCGCAGGUGGUGCGAGAUUAUGGCCUCCCAGAAAGUUUUAUUGGCGUGAUCCUGCUACCGAUUGCUGGCAACGCCUGCGAACACGCCAGUGCCAUCCGCUUUGCCAUGCAGGACCGGCCCGGCCUGGCCAUUGGGAUCGCGGUCGGCUCCGCCACGCAGAUCUCGCUUCUGGUGGUGCCAUUUUCUGUGAUCGUCGGCUGGUUCAUGGACAAACCGCUGGAUCUGGACUUCGGGGCUCUGAACACGGCGGUGGUGACUUUUUGCAACCUGGUGGUGCUCACGCUGCUGUUGGACGGGCGAUCCAAUUGGUUCAAGGGCUACAUCUUGUGUUGCAUGUACGCUUUCAUCAGUGUUCUCUAUUGGCAUGUGCCCAAAUCCAUGGGAGAAAUGAAACCAGGAAACACUGGCUGAGUGGUGUGUGCAUGGAUUAAGGGAACCUGAAACCACUAAAGACUGGCUGGUGGUUUCAAAAUGGGGUUUCCAAAAUCGGGGUACCC